GAAAAUUUUGUAUGGCCCGAUUAGAGAUCAGGAGGUUUCUACUGGUUAAAUUUACGUGUUUUAACUUCUUCUUGGUAUAGACAUAUUGUAUAUAAAUAUAAGUGGUUCCUGACUUGUAUACUCUCAGUUGACGCUCAUCGUAUUCAGUCUCUCGUCCCUUCACCCAGUGGAACUUAUGAAAUUGUAAGCUUACAAUUUGUUCUAGACUGAAAAAAAAAAAUCACAGAAAAAGGUUACCACAGAAGCCAUAAAUUUAAGAGCCGACCCCUAUCACCACGUUCAUUACAUAACAUGUUGGAUGACAACAUUACUGACUCGAUCACUCAUAGAGUAGCAAAUAAGACUUUUACAUUCACUACUCCAGCUGCUGAUUCCCCCAUUGAAGUUCUAAAUGAAUAUUAUUGGACUGAAGAAAAGGAACCUCAUUUCAGUAGAAGAAAAUUGAUCUUAGCAAGACAUCCUGAAGUAGCUAAGUUAACAGGGUAUGAAACCAAGACCAAAUGGUAUGUGAUUGGAGUUGUAUUAUUGCAGUUCUAUGUUGCUUACUACUUAAGAAAUACUCCAAUAUUUAAUUGGAAAUUCAUUGCUCUUGCCUAUGUUAUUGGUGCAACUGCAAAUCAAGCUCUCUUUUUAGCAAUUCAUGAAUUAUCUCAUAAUUUAUUAUUCAAGAAGCCAAUUCAUAACAAAAUAUUUGCUGUAUUCACGAAUUUACCUAUUGGUAUUCCUUAUGCUGCUUCAUUCCAACCUUACCAUCAAUUACAUCAUAAAUUCUUAGGUGAUAAGUACUUAGAUGCUGAUUUACCAACAAAAUUUGAAAGUGUUAUAUUAUCCAAUGUAUUAGGUAAAGUGUUCUUUGCCACUUUCCAAAUUUUGUUUUAUGCUUUAAGACCAAUGUUUGUUACUCAGAUUAAAUUCACUUCUAUUCAUUUACUUAAUAUUGUGGCUCAAGUCUCUACUGAUUAUGUCUUAGUUCAACUUUGUGGAUGGCAUGCAUUUGGUUAUUUCAUCAUGAGUUCUUUCUUAGCUGGUUCUUUACAUCCAUGUGCUGGACAUUUCAUUGCUGAACAUUAUGUGUUAAAUGAAAACAAUAGAGCUAGAACUGAAUUAAAAGAUGGAAUUAGUAUCUCUGCUGAUUUAUUACCACCUGAAACAUAUUCUUAUUAUGGAUCUCUUAACUUGCUUACUUGGAAUGUUGGUUAUCAUAAUGAACAUCAUGAUUUCCCAUAUAUUGCUUGGACAAAACUUCCUGAACUUAGAAGAAUCGCUCAUGAAUUUUAUGAUCCUUUACCUCAGGUUAAAUCAUGGUGUGGUGUUAUUUGGUAUUUCUGUUUUGAUGAUAUCAACACAUUAUGGAACAGAGUUAAGAGAGACGGUAAAGAAAAACAUGGUACAAGUAUUAAUAAUUUAGAUCAAAAUAAUUGAUUCUAAAAUAUUAUACUUUAAAAUUAAAACUUAUAUAGAGAAAUUUAUUCGGC